AGAGACAAAUAAAAAACAAAACUCAAGCUAGCUAUUAUACUCUUCUAAUAACAUAGAUGAAUCAAGAAGAGCAUAUGAAUCAAGGACGAUAUAUUAUUAGUAAUGGAGAAGUCUCAAUGUCUUGCUUCUCCGAGACGAACUCUAGUUCCACAGUCUACAUGAAUCCCAUGCCGGUGGCCACGAGAUCAUCGGAAGAAGGCGACGGCAUCUCGCUCUCUCUUCUACUCAAUCUCUCUACCAUACAAGACAAAGUCCAUGAGAUCCAAUCCCUGAUCAACUUUUUCAUGAUCUCCCCUAAUAACAAUAACCAAAAGUCAGCGUCGUCUCUGGCCAUGUCGAACGUUGGAAGUUUGGUUCAAGAGAUGAUCACGGCUGCUUCUUCAAUGAUGCACACUUGCCAACAACUCCAAAUCUCAACUAGCAACAACAGUAGUGACGAUGCCAACCAAACCGCAGAUGGAAUGUUCAUGGAGUUCUCCCAAGAUUUUGACCCGGAUCAUGAUUUCAUGGGAGAGUCAUCAACCAACCUCCUUGGUCUCCAAGAAAGAGGGCAUGAUUCGUUUCUUGACCAGACUGGUCAGAAUCUUGACUGGUACGGCACCCAAACCACAAACCCUAAAAAUGACCAUCAACGUUCUAAAUCAAGAUACGGGAACUAUGAGAUAGUGGAGCUAAGCGUGGAGGAUCUACUUGCGAAAUACACACAUUACUGCCAGAUUUGCGGGAAAGGUUUUAAGAGAGACGCGAAUCUAAGGAUGCACAUGAGAGCGCACGGAGACGAGUACAAGACACGUGAAGCAUUGAUCAACCCAACGAGCCGUGACAAGACAGUUGAAUACUCGUCACUCAUGAGGCAUUACUACUCGUGCCCUCAACAAGGAUGUAGAUGGAACCAAAGGCACGAGAAGUUUCAGCCGUUGAAAUCUGUGAUAUGCGCCAAGAAUCAUUACAAGAGAAGUCACUGUCCGAAAAUAUAUAUGUGCAGAAGAUGCAACGUGAAGCAUUUCUCGGUUCUGUCUGAUCUUAGGACGCACGAGAAGCAUUGUGGGGAUAUCAAGUGGGUUUGCUCUUGUGGAACUAGGUUUUCUAGGAAAGACAAGCUUAUGAGCCAUGUUUCCUUGUUCUCGGGCCACUCACCGGCGCAUGAGCCGUCGCAGCAGCAACCUUCGAUGAUCACCCCCUAAAGUAAUAUCACGACCGAAGUUGAGUUCUAAUGAGAGGAUUCUAAGACGUAUCUCAAAUAAA